CCUCACCACGUAACCACCAACACAGCUCGAACAAGUAGUCCUCCAGCUCCUUGAUUCCUGCAAACUCCCACUCCGAAACUGGCGUCGACUCUUCCACCGCCCUCAUGCCUUGGCCUCCUGGCGACCAUCGUCCGAUUAUCUCCUCCCUGUCCCGUAGAGGCCACUCCUCCAUCUCGAAGCGACAAUAAAUCGCCGCCUCCACGAGCCCCGAUCCCCCGUGACGACGCUCGCCGCAGGCACCACACCCCCCGGCGGCAGCUCCAAUGUCACAGAACCACGGAGGAGCCCCGCCGCCUCCUCCCCCGCCGCCCCAUGGCUCGAACCCGAAGACUACGCGCGGCGGCUUCGACAAGUCAGCAUUCGACAAGGCGGGACUGGAUCCGGAGCACUCGCAAUUUCUGAUCGUGGAGAAGGGCGGUGGCGUCAUCUACCUGCCCUCGUUGUACGUGCAUCGGAACUCGUUCUUAGCCGGCGCAUUUUCCAUGCUGCUGGUCAUCGUCAUUUGCUCCAUCGUCGCGCCCGUCGCGUGGGUGUGGAUCAAGUCGGUGACGGAAAGCGGUGGCGGCAUGUCGGUGUUCAUGCUCGUGGGCAUUGUCGGGAUCGGUGCCUGGGCACUCGGGAAGACAUCCGCGGAAGGCGGUGGUUCUUCAUCAAAGCCUGGACCGACGGGCGAUUCGGGCGGUCCCCCAAAUGCUGGGCCGAGUUGGAAUUCUGGACACACCGGCCCUGAUCCGAACGCACACUCAUCACCUCCACCUCCACCGAAUCCCGAGCCGCAUUCUCCACCGCCACCGAAACCACAACCCCAACCCAAGCCUCGACACACCGCCAACGACGGCCCCUCCGCCUGGGAGCGCGCCAAAGCCCAAAUGAAAGCGCAAGCGGAAGAAAAGAAGCGCCGGGACGAGAAAGAAGCCGCCGAGAAGGCGGCGAAGCUGGCCGAAGACAAGGUGAAGUGGGAGUCGCGGAUGAAGGAGGCAAAGGAGCGCGUGGAAAGGGAGCGGAAGGAGAGAGAGCGCGUGGAGAAGGAUGCGAAGGAGAAGGCGGAGCGGGAAGCGCGAGCGAAGGCGACGAGGGAGGCGAGGGAGAAGAUCGAGCGAGAGGCGCGGGAGAAGGUGGAGCGGGAGGUGAAGGCGAAGGUUGAGAGAGAGGCGAAGGAGAAAGCAGAGAGGGAGGCGAGGGAGAAGGCUUCGAGACCGGUGUACGGAGUCGGAGAGCGGACGAAUAUCUACGGUCGUCCAGUCGGCUCGAAGGUGUCCUCCGCGCCGACCGGCCAGGAAAAUCAGUACUCCUACCGUCCCUACGACCAGCCCAAACGACCCGCCAAGCAAGCCUCCGCGUCCUCCUUCUACUCCGACGCGUCCUCCUAUUUCGGUUCGGAGACCACUGCCACGACGCCGCCCCCCCGACCCAGCGGGCCGUUCGUGACCAACGACGAGAAGAAGAUCGUGCUGAAGGCCGUGUACCAGUUCGGUGACUCGUUCCCGCGCAAGCCGAAGGCGCAACUGCAGGCGGGUAUGGUGCCGGUCACGGACGGGUUGGUGCUGCGGAUGGAUCUGGAGGGGCUGUUUCUCGACGAUGAGGUGCGGCAGGUGCAGGAGCGGGAGUGGGAUGUGAAGUUGUGGACGAUGAAGUCCAUCGAGAGCGCCGAAGUCCCUCCCUACGCCAUCAUCCGCGUCACCACCAAGGACGCCGACAACACCCGCUACAUCUUCAUCCUCUCGGAAACCGAGUACUGGAAAGUCGGCAAGAGCCUCGCGCGCCUGAAAUCCGGCGCCACCAUCCAGCGACUGAGCGUCAACAACAUGGACGGCAAAGACGCGAAGAAACUGCUGAUGUCCCUCGGAUGGCAGCCGCAGAACGUGUAGGGAACGGAUCCCCGGCUACAGGCAUUUCGAGAUUCGCGAUGCGAGGUGAUGAUUGACGGCCGAAGAGGAGAGAGGAAGUGUGGGAGCAUGAGGAAUGUGUCGUAUCCGGUCGGGUGACAAACACAUUCCGCCGUCAUCGUCGACGACGUCUAGUCGCGGAGGAUACGAACACCACCCGACCGAAACCAAACUAUCA